ACAAAGUGAGAUGACAUUCACAGUGUAGGGCACAGCACAGCGGAUGUCAUUCCAAAUCUAUAGCAGAGCUCAAACGGGGCAGUACCACCACCUUACAGAAAACUGCAGUAAAAAAAUCUAGACCCUACUCAUAUUGUUGUGUUCUUGCCAAAGCUCAACGAGGCUGCGGAGUGUUAGGGUCGGCAACGCGCAUCUCUGGGGUUGCAGGUGUCUAUAGGCCACGGAGACUGCUUACCAUCAGCGGGCCGUAUGAUUGUUUACCACCGUCGUAGUAUAAAAAAUCCUAUUUAAGUUUAAUUAUGCGUUACUAACUCAUAUGGUUGAAGUCGGUGCCAAGCCAAAUAUUAGUAACUCCUUUCAAACAAAAACAUAAUUAAUCAAAUCUGAGGCUCGGAAUAUUUGGUGAACAUAUAUUUAUUUAUAGAUUUCUAAUUGAUUUUGGAAACCUAAAAAUUCGCCCGUCGGUCCGGUUCGAACUUUAAGAUACGUUAAAUUUUUCCUAAAGUAACGAUAUGGAUUGGAUGUGUCAGUGUCGAAAGUGACGUUUUUGUUUGAAGAAACGUCACUUUUGAUACUGACACUUCUAAUCCAUAUCGAUCUUUGGCAAACGUUUGACGAAUCUUAAAGUUCGACACGGGCCCCAUGUCCACAUGGGAGUAUAAUUUAUUCGAUAAUGGGUGAAAGACACUCCAAAUAUGUGGCUAAAAAUAAAUUCAAGGUCCAAUGCAAACGUAACUUAAGUGCGGUUGUGCAGGGUAUGGACGACAUUAAAUAAACAGGUUUAAAACUCUGAGCACAUUUUUGAGACCAAAUAUGUAGCUUAUAUAAGAGCUCCGUUACUUAAUGCAAAUAUAUCAUUUAUCAUUUGUCAAUUAAACAAUUCGGUACAAAAUGUAUUGCAAGGUAAUAGAAAUAUAAUUUACUGACUUAAAAGACAUUUCUUAGUAAGUAUGCUUGAAAUUAAAAUAAGGGUCAACACAAAUAAGUUUUAUUUAAUAUCCCUUUGUUUAUUAUAUUAGAUCAUCUGCGUAGCCGUUGUGUUGACCUUAGCUGCUGCUCGGCCUCAAGAAGGGCAUGGUCAUGGCCAGGCGUACUCCUCGCAGAGCAUCCAGCUGCAUCCAAACCCACGGACAUGAGCACCACAGCCAUGAGCAGCAUAUUCCAGUUCACCACCAGCCUGCCCCCAUUCAGUCCCACCAUACUCACCACCACGCCGUCUCCUCACAAAACAUCCAGCACCACGACGUGCCCGGCAAUGCGCCCGAAGGCCACCACAACUACUACGCGCACCCUAAAUACGAGUUCGAGUACAAGGUGGAGGACCCGCACACCGGCGACAAGAAGUCCCAGCACGAGUCCCGCGACGGCGACGUCGUGAAGGGCUACUACAGCCUGCACGAGGCUGACGGCACUGUCAGAAUUAUGCACUACUCUGCUGAUAAAAAAUCUGGAUUCAACGCCGAAGUCAAGCGUGAGGGUCACGCAGAACACAUUGCACCCAAGCAUCACCACUAGUUCUAAUUUAUUGUUAUCUACUACCUACUUGUUACAAUGGGUAUUUAUCAUUUAUUUAUGUAUUACUACGAGUACAAUAUAAAACAAUAUAAUAAAGUA